UAGCAGUAUACCAAAUUACUAAAAUCUCUAACAUAACCCUAUAGUUCGAAGUUGAAUUUUAGUAGGAAAAAAAUGUAACCGAAUAAUUAAGAAAAGUAAAUUUUUAUGUUUAAUCCAGGAAAAAGAAAAUUUGUAUUGAAAAAAAAAAAAACUUAGGUCCAACCAAAUUUUGCAAAGGAAAAAAAAUCUUUUAGAUUGUAGAACUUAGGGAACCAAAUCCAUACCCAAGGAAAGAACGGUUACAAAAAGUCAAUCGCCGUCCAGUCUCAAAGUUCCAAAUUUUACGAAGGCGUAGAGACAGAAGUCAACUGUCUCUGCCAGUGUUAAAACCCUGCUUUAUCUUCUAAACCCAUAUAUACAAAAACCCUGCUUUCUCUUCAUUAUACCUUGAAAAUCCCAGGCAUUAAUGGAAGUAGUGUGGUGGAGGCCAUUGCUUUCGCUAACCCUGGUUUUAGCUCUCAUCAUUCACGAAGAAUGGAUCUCAGCUCCGUCGUGCAAGACUGUUCUCAAUCAUGAAUCUGAAUCCGAAUUCGGAUUCACCCAAGAAAAUCACCCCGAUGACCUCAAGGUCAUGAUGGUAGCUAAUCUACUCCUUACGGGUUCCGACUCUACUUUUCUCCAUCGACUUUUCUCAGAUUAUUACAUGUCCAAAUUUUUCAGGAAGUCUUAUCAAAGUUUGGCGCCCGAUAUGCUGGUGGUUUUGGGAGAUGUUUCGGCCAAAGGUUGGGAAUUGAACAAGCCCAAAUGGGAGUCAGUGCUCCACCAGUUUGAUCAGCUGUUGGGUCCCUUUCUGGAUCUUCCUCUUCACGUCGUUCUCGGCGACCGGGAUCUCGGGCGCUGCGGCGAGCUUAAUCGGAAAUCUGUCAAUUGGGUUGCCGGGAGGUUUCCGGGUCUGGAUUCGGCAGGUUGUGGCGCUUUUGAAAUCAAUAACGUCAGCUUCGUUUCCCUCAAUGCCGUGGCUCUGCUCUGUGGUAACGAUGAUUUGAGGUUUAGUGUGGAGAAGGUCAUCGAGAGGGAGAAUGUGGAUCUCCGAACUGAAAGGGAGAAUUUUGAGGAAGUGGUGAUUGAUGAAUCUGACCAUGGCAGGGAAAGUGUUGGUGGAUUACAGUGGAAGGAGAAGGAUAUUUCUUCUGGGUCUGGUCCAGUACUCUUACUUCAUUUCCCAUUAUGCCAAAUACCAUUUCCAAACAUUGUGGAUGAUGGCAGGGGAUCUGUUGGGGAUGGGCCGUACGAGUUGCUGCACAAUCUCCCUGCAAAUGCUACUCAAUACAUAUUUCAAGCUCUUAAACCAAGGAUUAUAUUCAGUGCGCACAGCCAUGAAUUUUCUUCUUACACUCAUCCAGAUGGGACCUAUGAAGUGUCUGUACCAGCCAUGUCAUGGAAUGCAAGAGAUGACCCUGGAUUUAUUUUUGCCAUUUUCCGGAGUAACAAAAGAGCAGUAAGUAUCAUUUAUUGCUCUCUUGCUAGGGAAUCUCGAGUUGUUAUGGCUUAUAUAUCAAUUCUGAUUCUAUUAAUCUUAACUGUAGUUCUAAAUUUAAUGAAGAUACCUCAUUUUAUAUGUUCAAGACAGUGAUAGAAAUAAUUCCUUUGUGAUGCCAUGCGCAAUGCAUUUUUUGUGGCUUAACAUGGAAGCCUUUUGGUUAUAUAGAAUACAACCAGAUAGAAGAUUUGGAAGGAGAACUAUUAGAUACAAUGAAUUAGUAUAAUUAAAAUCCUUACAACUCAUAUGAUGUCUUCUUAUCAAUGGCUAUUUGGAAAAAAGCACAAAAGAAAAGGAAAGAAAGAAAGAAAAGAAGAAGAUGAAGAUCCCUUUUUAUUUUCUUUGUACUUUUUUGGUGUUGUUAUUAUUGGUUUGUGUUUGUACAAAAGAGUUUGAUAGGUUCUUUUUAUCUCUAAUUUCGAGUUUGUACUUCUGUAAUCAUCUUCUUCAUAUUCAUAUUGGAAAAAUAGUUCUAGGGAGAGCUUUAACUUGAUCUUAGUGCAUUAGUGCAUUACCUGUGAUUUUAGAUCUUUACUAUGUUGUGAUCUUGCUGAGUUUGGUGUCGUAAAGGAAAAUUUCCAACAGUGGUACUAGAGAUAGGUUGUGGUUGUUUGGAUUUGAGCUCAUUGAAGAAUGUUUUGUGAUCAAGAAAUUUUCAAGAACAUCAUUUCUUAGAAAAUAGAUGUAACAAAGUUCCGAUGGGAUAUAUUUGAUUGCACCGAUGAUUUUAGUUUACGGUGGAUGAAGAUAAGAGAGAAUUGCUUAAUCAACAUGUAUAGCAAAGACGUUGGAGGAUCCAAGCAAGCUACCAGAGAAAGAUGACUGAAGAGCAAGAGAUUUUGCAUGUUCGAUAGUUAUCCUCUACCUUGCAGAUAAUAUUGUCAGGCAAGUAAUUUCUGAAGAUAUCGUUGUGGUUGUUAAAAUGUGGCUACAAUUUUACAUUACACACAACAAGAUCUAUCUAGAAAAGAAAAGCUAUUUGAGUUCAAGAUGGGUUCUACAAAGACACUAAUUAGAUCAAAACUUAGAUGAACUCAAGAAGAUUGUCAUAGGCUUUGCCGACAUGGGAUGAGAGAUAAAAUUGAUGAGGACAUUGAGGAGGAUCAGGGCAUUGUACUACUGAACUCCAUACCCAAAAAAGCUCGAAGGAUAUCAAAGUGGUCAUAAAAUGUGGUAGAGGUGUUGGGAUAUGUCUUCAACCAUAUAUUUUUUCGCUAUUAGUUAUCCAAAUAUGUAACUAUACAAUAUGGAUUGUGUAGGCGGAUAUUAAGAUAAUAGAGACUGUAUAUUACCAAUAAGUUGACUAGUUAUAUAAUAUAUUUAUUGACCAUUUUAUUAUGGUCACAAUUAAAUAA